AUGCCUCCCAAAGCCGCCGACAAGAAGCCCGCGUCCAAGGCGCCUGCGACCGCGUCCAAGGCCCCAGAGAAGAAGGAUGCAGGCAAGAAGACCGCUGCUUCCGGCGACAAGAAGAAGCGCACCAAGGCACGCAAGGAGACAUACUCUUCCUACAUCUACAAGGUCUUGAAGCAGGUCCACCCCGACACAGGCAUCUCCAAUCGCGCAAUGUCGAUUCUCAACUCGUUUGUCAAUGACAUUUUUGAGCGCGUCGCGACUGAGGCUUCCAAGCUUGCCGCAUACAACAAGAAGUCCACCAUCUCAUCCCGGGAGAUCCAGACCUCUGUCCGCCUCAUCCUUCCCGGCGAGUUGGCGAAGCACGCUGUUUCUGAGGGUACCAAGGCAGUCACCAAGUACUCCUCCAGCACGAAAUAA